AUGGGUUCAGAAGGCGAGGGCGAGAAACAAAGACGGGCACCGCCAAGAACGAAGUCGGUGGGUGCUGCUGAUGACUUGGUGAGCGUUACUGUCAAAAAGCUCGAUCCAGAACAGAAAGCUGGAAUCAAGCUUGUGCAAAAAGGUGGAGCUCUAUUUGUUUCAAAGGUAUUGAAGGGUGGUUUAUUUCAAGGAUCAGAGAUUCAAGAAGGGGAUAAGAUUCUUUCAUUGAAUGGACAUCGUCUAAAAAGAGGAGAGACUGCUAAUGACUUUAUGAAUAGGUUGGAUGACAUGAAAGAGAAGAUGACGGUGGUUGUGAAGAAAAUAGAUGCUGCACCAACAAGCGCUGCACGAUCCUUGUCGCCGGGCGCAGCCCGAAGGCGGAGGAGGAAGUUAGUGAAGGAUGAAGAAGGCAUUUCACGUGACCGGGAAGAUCAUGAUCAAUUUCGUUUCCGAGCUGAGAAGCUCUACUCCAAGCAAACUGGUGGGCUCAUGUUCUGCAAAAUUGAGCCGAAUUUAUUCGUCAGUGGAAUUGCAUCGGAUAGCAUCUUCAAAGAUACAGGAUUAGCUGUGGGUGACAGGGUUGCGAGCGUGAAUGAUGUCAACUUUCUCACCUAUGCCGAUGGUAAAUAUGCCGCCACCUUGCUGAAACGAGGCGAGGGCGGGGUCAGUCUUGUGGUCGAAAAGGGAUGGACUACUUGGGACCCAAAAUUUACAGACAAAAAACACGACAAACCAUCCAAGGAAGAACCACCGGAAGAACAGAAGAGGGAGACAAAGGCGGAAUCCAAAGAUAUAGGGAUCAAGGCUCCACUUCGACAAGCUAGUGCUGAUGGCGAGGUGUUGAGAGACGAGUUCCUUGGGAAGACGAAGGAGAAGCCGACGCACGAAGACGGGAAAGGUCCAAACGGAUUGCGAUUUCUGGAACACAGGGGCGAUUUUCUAUGUGUAACAAUCAAGAAAAAGUCUGAAAAGCAUCCUGGCCUCAAGAUAAGAGAGUCCAAGGGGAUGUUUCUUUUGAAGAAAGUUCCAAGCUACGAGAAGAGAGUCGCGCUCGGCUCUCGUGUCUUGGCCAUCAAUGGAAGCAGCUUCAAGACAGAAGAGGAAGCUCAAGAUUUGAUUGAUCAAACGAGGGACAAAGUUGUUUUAAUCAUUGACUUCGAGCAGCCAGUGCUGCAGGAAUGUCCAUCCUGUAAAAAGUGGUUGUUUCCGAAUGGGGAAGAGUAUAAAGAGUAG